CCACUUUGCCCGAGGGAAAAAGAGCGACAAGAUUACAAUAUUUGCCCAUGGCCUGAGAGAGUACUUGGUGCUAAUCCAAAACAGCGCUAAUUGAUAGUUUUCAAUGUAGCAAUUGCAACUCGUGGAUGUUGCCUGAGUUGUUCCAAUGAAUGGAUUUACAUUCCAAAUGUUGUUGUUUUUACUUGUUGAUUUCGAGAAAUGUAAUCUGGAGUCAAGUAACAAGAUAACUCAACCACAAGACAACAACAAGGCGGAUUACAUCUUUCCAAAGAAUUAAAUGAUCCAUAGAUGCUAUUGUUUAGCAUUGUUACAACAGCUUGAUCUGGGAUCUUUUCAUUGAAUGGAGUGAAGCAGAAGGAAUUGGGGGAUUUCCAUCUCUAUUCAAGAUCACUUGGAACAUAUAAACAAGACAAACUCUUCGCAGGGGCUAUACAGCACUGUGGCUCCGUCUAAUUUGUGCUCAGACUUAUCAACUAGGGCUUUGGCUGCAGUGUACACAGGAUGCCUCAAAAAGAAUACUAUAACCGGGCCACGUGGGAAUCUGGCGUCGUGUCCAUGAUGCAAAACAAGGUGUAUGACUAUAACGAAGGUCACAGCGGAGUGAAUCAGCUCGGCGGAGUGUUCGUCAACGGAAGACCCCUGCCCGACACCACCAGACAGAAAAUAGUCGAGCUUGCUCACAGUGGCGCGCGGCCGUGCGAUAUAUCCAGGAUUCUGCAGACCCAUGGUGAUGCAAAAGUUCAAGUGCUGGACAAUGAAAACGUGUCAAACGGCUGUGUGAGUAAGAUUCUGGGCAGAUACUAUGAAACCGGCUCCAUCAGACCAAGGGCGAUCGGGGGUAGCAAACCAAGAGUAGCAACUCCCGAGGUGGUCGGAAAAAUUGCAGUAUACAAGAGGGAGUGCCCUUCAAUCUUCGCGUGGGAAAUUCGUGACAGACUGCUAUCCGAGGGGGUCUGCACAAACGAUAAUAUACCCAGUGUAAGUUCAUUGAGUGUGUCGUCGAUAAACAGAGUACUGCGCAACCUGGCUAGCGAGAAGCAACAGAUGGGCGCAGAUGGCAUGUAUGAGAAGUUGAGAAUGCUGAACGGUCAGACUGGGACGUGGGGGACCCGGCCGAGCUGGUACCCCGGAACCUCAGUGCCAGGACAGCCCAACCCAGAUGGUUGUCCACAGUCAGACGGUGGAGGUGAGAACACUAAUUCAAUAAGUUCGAAUGGAGAAGACUCGGAUGAGACCCAAAUGAGACUUCAGCUCAAAAGAAAAUUGCAAAGGAACCGCACUUCGUUCACACAAGAACAGAUAGAAGCGCUUGAGAAAGAGUUUGAAAGAACUCACUAUCCAGAUGUUUUCGCAAGGGAAAGACUUGCUGCAAAAAUCGACCUCCCAGAGGCCAGAAUACAGGUAUGGUUUUCAAAUAGAAGGGCAAAGUGGAGGAGGGAGGAGAAACUCCGGAAUCAAAGACGACAAGCCAGUAACUCUUCCAGUCACAUCCCUAUCAGCAGCAGUUUCAGCACCAGUGUCUACCAGCCCAUCCCACAGACCACAGCACCAGGUUGGAUAUCGUUCUCGUCAGGAUCCAUGUUGGGAAGACCAGACACAGCCCUCACAAACACAUACAGUGCCCUGCCACCUAUGCCAAGCUUCACCAUGGCCAACAACCUGCCUAUGCAAGCCCCUGUGUCCAGCCAGACCUCCUACUCCUGCAUGCUGCCCACCAGUCCCUCAGUCAACGGGCGGAGCUAUGACACGUACACCCCUCCUCAUAUGCAGGCACAUAUGAACAGCCAAUCAAUGGCCGGCUCAGGAGGCAACUCAACAGGUCUCAUCUCUCCUGGAGUAUCUGUUCCUGUCCAAGUCCCAGGCAGUGAAGCAGACAUGUCGCAGUACUGGCCCAGGCUACAGUAGAGACUGUCAACGUGUGACUCCUUGGAUAUUGUCUUGAAAGAAGAAGCUGUCCAGCAGUAUUUUACUACAGACCUGAGAAAGUACUCUAAAAGAGACUAUUUUGUACUGGGAUUGUGCCAUUCUCUAUCAUUCUUUGGCCACGAAGACUUGAAGAAGAAAAAUAAGAGAAAGGACUUCUGUAAAGUGCCCGGUGUAACAUCCUAAAUGGGGAAUGCCCGGUGUAACAUCCUAAAUGGGGAAUGCCCGGUGUAACAUCCUAAAUGGGGAAUGCCCGGUGUAACGUCGUAAAUGGGGAAUGCCCGGUGUAACAUCCUAAAUGGGGAAUGCCCGGUGUAACAUCCUAAAUGGGGAAAAAUAACUAUCUCUGUUUUCAGUUUCCAACUUAUGUCAUUUUUGGUGUAUUUGUAUAUGGCCAGUUGUAUGUCAUGAUGAAAAAAGAACAACGUGGGAUGGACUUUGAAACUGAGUUGGUCCUUGCUUCUGCUAAAAAGAAGAUCAUUUGUGAAGGAUUUUCUGCCAUGAAUAGUUUUUAUCAAUGUAUAUCAAGAAGCUCUCCCAGUCUGUGUACAGAAUGUGGACUCCGGUGAAACAAGUUUGUAUCAUUCCAGGUACCAGUUGGGUAUGAGAAGCCGUUUCUCUGUUCUUUUCUUUUCCAAAGCUUGCUGGCAGAAACAUUGUAAAUGGAAAGCAUUAACCGCUGAAAUGGAGUUGAAAAAAACCUUUUGGUAGUUAAAAACGGUAGAUUGUGUCUUCGAUAUAAUUCAGUUUGUUAUGUUGAAAUGUAAGUAUUUGUCUUCCCUAGCAGUCUUUCCGGAACAAUUUCUAUAAUAAAGUUAAUUUCAUUUAUA